AUGCGCCACUCGAAAGUCGACAUGUCUCAACCGAUGCAAGGGCACCAGAGUGUAUUCCGAGUCCCGAACUACAAAUCACAAUCCACCGGUACGCAUGGUCCGGUAGGCGACCCGACUGAACGGGUCUACCAUUCCCGCCGGACGCACCGCAAGUCCCGCGGAGGCUGCGCGACCUGCAAGAGCCGACGAGUUAAGUGUGAUGAGUCAAAGCCUCACUGUCUCCGCUGCCAAAAGCAUGGAGUCGAGUGUAACUAUACGGCUGCACCCGUUCGUACCAGGCCCACCAAACACGUCGUCCAGCGGUUUUUGGAGUCUCGGCCCGACCUACUCUCGACGGAAUCGUUGGCAAUCUCGAUGUCCUUGUUGGUCGUGGCGGAUAAGCUUAAUGAAUUGUUGCAGCCGGAGCCACCUUCCCCGUCAUCAUCCUCCUCGUCAUCUUCGUCGCAGACCAUAUCACCUGGUCCAGAUCGAGCGUUGGAGGCCUUGCAUCAUUUCCAUCAGGCCACGUUCCAUAGUGACCUUUCGAAAUCUGAUAUAGGUGCGAUGAUGGGAAAAGUUACCCAACUUGCAUUUGAGACGCCAUUGCUCAUGCACGCUAUCAUUGGAGUGGCUACUACACAUUUAUGCAGCGUGAUACCCAAUAACUGCUCUUAUCGCGUCGCCGAAUCCUACCAUUGGCAACAGGCGAUUCAACGUUACACCCACGAGAUUUCCUCAGGCGUGACCGAGAAGAAUAUGGACCCACUUUACUCCGCCUGCAUUCUCCUCACCAUCCACAGCUUUCGAUUAGGAGAGUUCAAUCCGCGUGCGUCUUUUGUCUUUUCCGAUAACCCGACGGAUCUCAACUGGCUUCGCCUGCAAGGUGGCCUUCGCUACCUAUUGGAUCGUACCCAACGCUGGAUGCCAGAUAGUAUGUGGUUCACGCUUUUUGAGCAGUCUCGUUACGACGAAUUCAGCUACGAUGAUGAUCGGCCCGGCCGGAUCGAUUUGGACCCAGACCUCGCAGAUGUCUGUCGUAUCACUGAGACUUCGACCGUAACAAAUAACCCUUACCUAUGGCCGCUGCGCAUGCUUACAAAUCUCCUUGCGCUUGGAAAUACCAAAGAAAAUUACCGAAACUACUACUACAACUGGAUGGGUCGCCUCGAGCCAGAGUACUACGAUUGUCUCCUGCGAAAAGACCCCCUGCACUGA